ACAAGCAAUGCAGCCCGAUCCAACGAACAUGAAGAGCACCCUAGCCCUAGAGAGCAAGAAAUACAUGAUCAGUUUUCUUAGAAACAGUUUGAUGGAGAAGUGGGCAAUGGUGUAGCAUUUAUGCUUACUCAGGAGGAGUCUGGCCAGGAGCAAGGGGGAGAAGCGGAAAGAGGAGAGACUGAUGAAGGAUCUAGCAAGGACGAUGACUCAACCUCAGGAUAUGAAAGUCCUGAGGAUCCACACCCAUGUGAACCUAGACGGAAGCCAACGACGGAUGAGUUGGACAAGGACUUUGACCCAAAUGAGGAGGUCCCUCCUAAACCUUCAAAAAGACCUCCGACACGUUUCGCCGGACAUGACGGUGCAAGAGAAAGGAGGGCAGAGGCAACAGACACAGAGACUACGAUUGUGGCCUCUGCUCUGCAACCUGAAGGCACAACCUCGGCCUCGACUACCAAAUUGAAAAGGAAAGGAGGGGUCAGAAAGCCAAACCACUAUCCAAAUGCAAAAAUGAUUUAUGUGAUUGACGAGGUUGGGGAAGAAGGACAGAUCCUUAAGCCAAAGGAGUUCCAAUCAAAAUUCUGCAAUGCAAUUGGGGCCCUAGUCAGAGACAAGUUGAACCCAUCAAUCCGUAAUUGGCACGACUAUCCAGAGGACAUAAAGGAUGACCUAUGGAAAAAUCAUCUGUUGAUCAAUUUUAAUUUUAGGAUUCCGGCAGAGAAGCAACCCCUAGUAAGACGACGUGCUAUGAAGAUGAUGGGAGAAUCCUUCCGACGUUGGAGGAAUGAGCUGAACACCGAGUACAUCAAAAAGGGGUUAACUCCGUACCAUAAGUAUGGACACAUAACUCCUGCUAUCUGGGCGUUGCUCGUGGCUGAGAAGACUGCACCAGAAUCUUUGGCCUUAAGUGAAAAGAACAGCUUGCAGGCGAAGAAGAACAUCCACCACCCUCGUCUAGGCCCCGGUGGCUACGAGGGAAAGGAAGAGAUGUUUAGAAAGAUGGAAGAGGAGGCCGUAGUUGCUGGGAAUAUAAAAGUAAUGAAAUUGAAGCCACGCACCAAGCGUUGGGUCUUUGCAAGGAAUCUUGAAGAAUCAGGCAGCAGUCUGAAAUUUGCCAAGCCAGAGACCGAGGAGGCAGUGUCAAGGAUAAUGAAAUAUUCUGAAGACAUCGAGAAGGGCUCAUUCACUCCUUCUAGAGAGAAGGACGAGCUUAGCCUUGGCUUGGGAAACCCCGAGCACAUAGGCCGUGUCAGGGGGUUAGGGAAACAUAAGACCUGGAAGGAAGGAUUUCGAGAGGAUGUGGAGAUGUACAAGAAACAUGGUAGAAACCGGGAAGAGAGUCUUGCCACCCUAGUGAAGACCCUAGUUGCCAAGGAACUAUAGGAGCAAGGACUGUCUACUGAGCGACGGUCACAAAUGGAGCCACCUAGGGAUUUGGUUUUAAUUGGUAGCCCUCCAAAUGUUCAAAGCAGCCAAGGUUCCAAUGCAACCUCCGCCUCAGUCGAUCACAUACGGGUGCCAACCCGUUGCAUCCUGUUGAUUCCCAUCGGUAGGGGACAGGAGAUGGCUGAGGUGGCAACGGGUCUGGCACAUCCUCCAAUUCUAGGCGACAUCUGGCACCAUAAACCGGUCCCGGCCGACUAUAGUAAGGUUGAGGUGCAUACCGUGAAUCCCGAGUACGCGAAGCAUAAGAUUGAACACCCAACUAGCGAGGGGAUUCGUGAGCUUGGACUACUCAUGAAACAGUUCAUCCUCUGGUACAAAAAGGAUAUUGUGUUUAAUGUUUCCUCGCCAACUCCAAGUGAUGUACAC